AUGGCAUCGCUUCAAAACCUUAUAGUCCAACAAGAAGUAAGGGGCAGUAAUUUCGAAAAAUUCAUAGCGACAAUUAAGAAGGCACCGCUUGAAAGAAGAACUGAGGAAUUCUACAUUGGCAAGCGUAAGGAGCUAGAGCAGCUUUGGCAGACGUUUGAAUCGGCAGAAAACCAGAUCCGCAAAGAUCCAUCAUUGGCAGAGGAUGAUCCGUAUAUAGCGGAGAAUCUGCACCAGCCCAUAGGAGAAAAGUGCAAUGCAACAGUGGACUAUAUAAAGGCGGAGUUGGAGAAGCUGAAGUCUGCCAAGGUCAAUCCAGAUAAACCCACAAAGGCAAGAUCGCCAGAAAAUGAUUCAGAACCCCAAUCAUCAGCCCAGGUUAAGGAACCUGCGUCGGCUCAAGUUGAGGGACUGGCCCGAAGGGUAAAGGCGAGAAUCACAGCCCUCGGUCGCCUUCUGCAGAGUUUGGAAAAUAUAGAGACGGGACAGUCAAACCAAGUCUAUGUGAUAAAAGAAGAGUCGAUGAAAGGGCUGUGGAGCCAAAUUACAGGCCUGUACGAUGAAAUUUGGCAACAGGUCGAGGAUCCUUCGAGAAUCGGUCUGAAUCAAGACAACUACGAUAGCCUAGAAGAUGCAGUUCAAAGCAACUUGAUAAGGCUGCCAAUACUGAAAGAGAAAUGCGGUGGCAAUAUAACAAGCACACCUCAAUUGGGAACUGACUUGGUAGCACACAGCUCACUUCCACUACCAAAGAUAACAAUCCCUCAAUUCAAUGGGGAUUGUCUGAAGUGGCGUCAGUUCUAUGAACUCUUUCUGGAGAUGGUGGACAAGCAGCAUCUUCCUAAUGUCCAAAAGAUGUGGUACUUAAAAACAAAUUUGUCGGGCGAAGCUGGAAAACUCAUAAGCCACUUAGCCUUGACAGAGGACAACUACGCAACUGCAUGGAUGUUGCUCCAAGAACGGUACAAUAACAAACGGGUUCUUGUUUCAACAUUGGUAGAACGUAUUCUAAACCAGCCAACAGGAACCACAUCAACCGCUUCUAUCAAAGCUGUGCAUGAUACGACGAGGGAAUGUAUGUUGGCCCUGAACAACCUGGAUAUUGACACUUCGCCGUGGGACGCGCUAUUGAUCCAAUUGAUAACGAAGAAGUUGGAUCAUGCGUUGUACAUACGAUUUAUGCAAUCGUUAAAAAGGCCGAAGGAGGUCCCUUCCAUGAAAGAACUCUUUGCAUUUUUGGAAUUGCAGUUUGAGUCAAUGGAAUCGAUUGGGAAAGUGGCAACUGCUCACAAAGGUUCAAGCAAAGCUGUUUCGUCCAUAACAUCAAUGGAGAAUCACAGUAAUUGCAAGCUAUGCAAAAAUGGUCAACGUCGUCUUUAUCAAUGUAAGCAAUUCUUGGCGAUGUCGGAAUCUGAAAGACUCCAAUGGGUACAACAACAUAAAAUGUGCGUGAACUGUUUUAAGGCUGAUCAUAUAGCGAAAAACUGCACAUCUGGUAACUGCAAGAAAUGUAAUAAUAAACACAAUACGUUGUUACAUUUAUCAAGGAGAUCUCAAUCAUCAUCAACAGGCUUAAAUCAAACGUCAACCACAAGUAGCAAUCAUACACCAGUCAAUACUGCUGUAAUUUCUUCGGCAUCAGCAGAAGAUCAGAAGAACGUAAUUCUUGCCACUGCGAGAGUCACCAUAAAAGCUGCAAAUGGUAUGUCAGGCGGUGAUUCCGGUUCACAAGUAAAUAUUGUUACAGAACGGCUGAUUAAAAGGUUAUCAAUUGCAACAACAGAGACCUCUUUGUCUAUUGACGGAGUUGGAAAAAUCCAGAAGAAGGCUUAUCAUCGUGUGAACAUGCAAAUGUUGUCUAACAAUUCUGGAUUUUCAUCUUAUUUGGAAGCAUUUGUUUUACCAACGAUUAUACCUGCACAACCGAGUCACGAUUUGGACAUAUCUAACUGGCAGAUUCCAACGAACAUUAAAUUGGCCGAUCUAAAUUUUAAUAUUCAAGGAAAAAUUGACAUCCUACUCGGGGCGGAGUUUUACUUCAGCCUAAUGCAACCGGGUACAAUAAAACUGAAUAAUAAUCAACCUAUUCUGCAGAAUACUGCGCUUGGCUGGAUUGUAGGCGGCUUAAUAGAACAAUUAUCAACGAACGUCACAUCAGCAGCGCUAACAUGUGCAAUUUUCGAUAGUGAAACUUCACUGGCACAAGCAAUUGAGAAGUUAUGGAAACUCGAAGAAGUAGCAUCAACAGAAAGGGUAAUGUCUCCGCUGGAAACCCGGUGCGAGUCUCAUUAUAAUCAGCAUGUCCAGACGGAUCAGAACGGUCGAUUCAUUGUUAGUCUUCCUUUCCAAGAAUCUCCAACAACAUUGGAAAAAUCUCAUGCGAUGGCGAUAACCGGUUCAUGGAAGGAUGAUAUCCGCAUGCAAUACAUCAAGUUCAUGCAGGAAUAUCAAAUGCUGGGACACAUGCAGAAAAUUGACGUGAAUAUAGUGUCGAACCCUAAAUAUUUCAUUCCGCAUCACUGUGUGCUUAAACCAGAUAGUACCACGACAAAAUUAAGGGUGUUAUUUGAUGCAUCCGCGAAAACGUCAUCGGGUCAUUCGUUAAAUGACUUAAUGUACACAGGACCAACUGUGCAAACACCGUACCUUGCCACAAAGUGUCUACAGAAAAUCGCAGACGACAACUUGGAUCGCUAUCCCCUUGGUUCAGAAAUGCUAAAAGAGAACUUUCAUAUGGACGAUGGUCUCGGUGGUUCUGAUAGCUUAAACAUAGCGAUGGAGACACAAAAGGAAUUGAUAAUCAUUUUGAAAAAGCACGGCUUCAAUUUAAAAAAAUGGUCGUCAAACAGUUCAAGAUUGCUAAAGGAUAUACCUUAUAGUGAUAGGGAAGUCAAUCUAGAUUUUGAAGAAAGCAAAACGAAGAAGACUUUGGGACUAUUUUGGAUGCCUCAGGCCGACCGAAGGCAAAUAGUGAUCAUUGUCAAGUAA